AUGAUAAUGAACAAAAGGUUAGAGGAUAGAAGAGUAGUAGCAGGGCAGAUUCUGUCUGCUCACGCGAGAAAGUGUACUUCGUCAUUUGCCCGAGUGACAGUCUGCACUCUUGCUUUAACUAUCCAAUCUGUUCUCCUCUUACUACUGAACUAUUGGCUGACCAUUUAUAGAGAAUUGAAGAAGUUUAGAUUGGUUGAGUUUAUUGCCUUCUUCUUUGCAUCAGAGAGGUGGCAAUUGCAGCAGUUAAAGUAUGGCAGUAUUUUCAUCAGUGAUGUUUGUAGGCAAGGCAGCGACGAUUUUAUUGAAGUUAGGCGAUCACUGGUGUUCCGUACGCCGCCCAAUGUAGCUCCCGACUUCGGUGGCGGUGGAAGCGGCGGUCGAGAAGAUGGAAGGCUCGUAGACAAAAUUAACUCCUGCAUUCGGAAAUCCAGAGUUUUCAAUAAACCCUCGCCUCCGAGUUUGCCGCAGCCGUCCACGAGAGAUAACAAUGCUGCCGCAGUGCCGCCCAUUCGGUGGCGGAGAGGUGAGAUGAUCGGUUGCGGCGCGUUUGGGCAAGUUUACAUGGGAAUGAAUCUCGAUUCAGGGGAGCUUAUCGCUGUUAAGCAGGUUCUGAUCCCUGCAAAUUGUGCUUCAAACAAGAAAACUCAGGAUUACGUACGGGAGCUUGAGGAAGAAGUUAAGCUCCUGAAGAAUCUUUCACAUGCAAACAUAGUGAGAUAUCUGGGAACUGUGAGAGAGGAGGUGACAUUAAAUAUAUUGCUGGAAUUUGUUCCUGGAGGAUCAAUAUCAUCACUGCUAGGAAAAUUUGGAUCUUUUCCUGAAACGGUUAUCAAAAUGUAUACAAAGCAGUUGCUGGAGGGACUGCAUUAUCUUCAUCAGAAUGGUAUCAUGCACAGGGACAUCAAGGGAGCUAACAUUCUUGUUGACAAUAAAGGCUGCAUUAAACUUGCAGAUUUCGGAGCAUCCAAACAGGUGGUGGAGCUGGCUAAUGCUUCAGGUGCGAAGUCCAUGAAAGGCACUCCAUAUUGGAUGGCUCCGGAAGUGAUUCGUCAAACUGGUCAUAGCUUUUCCGCUGACAUAUGGAGUGUUGGAUGUACUGUCAUUGAGAUGGCUACUGGCAAACCUCCUUGGAGCCACCAAUACAAGGAGGUUGCUGCUUUUUUCUUCUACAUUGGAACUACCAAGGAACAUCCUCCAAUCCCAGAGUGUCUCUCCCCUGAGGCCAAAGAUUUCUUAUUGAAAUGUUUACAGAAGGAACCGGAGUUACGGCCUCCAGCUUUUGAGUUACUGCAGCACCCUUUUGUUACUGGCAAAGUCAUGCCAUCUCCUAUUCCUGUUCAUACUUCCACUAUGGAAUCAUCUGAAGCUCCAUUGUUAUCUGUGGACGGUUCAUUGAAUGUGAGAGGCAGCUCAGAGGACAUAUGUAAUUUGGGUACUCUAGAUUUCUCAACCCCAUAUCCUAAAACUCAUUCAGAAGGCAAGCAUCUUAAUGGGCAGACAAGUAGUGAUUUUGACUUGUGUCGGCUCGAUGAGAAAGAUGAGUUACUAAUGACUGAAACAAACACCAGUCCUAUGAUGCCAGAUGAAUUUUGUAAGAGUUUCAAUCCUAUGAGUGAACCCUGUGAUGAUUGGAGAAGUCAAUUAGAUGCAAGUCCUGGAGGAGAAAGGAGUGACACGAAAGUUGACCUGGAGAGUGAAGUCGAUGGCUCUCCAUUACCUGGUGUUAGCAAUAAGGAUUUCUCAUCUUCUUCUCCACCAUCGCUGUUUGAGGAUGAUGAUGAGGUCACUGAAUCUAAAAUCCAAGCAUUUUUGAAUGAAAAGGUUCAGGAACUGAAAAGAUUGGAAACUCCUCUUUUUGAAGAAUUCCAUAACAGCUUCAAUCCACUGUGCUCUCCAAAGUUAUCUGAGGCCACACGAGAUGAAACUGGUCCAAAAAUUUUGAAGUUGCCUCCUAAAAGUAGAUCUCCCAGUCAGACCCCAUCAUCUGCAGUGAAAAGUGCUGUUGAUAGAAGCCCCGGGAGUAGUAGCAAGCGUAUGCCACAUGUUGGCGUUCAGACUUGUGAAGAUCAGCAGCAAAACUUUUCACCUCAGACAAACGAUUUAAAUGUGAACCUUGCUGAUGCUCAGGAUGAAAGUAGUCCAAAUGUCAGUGAGAUACAGAGGAAAUGGAAGGAAGAGCUUGCCCAAGAGCUUGAAAGAAAGCGCGUGGAGAUGCGUCAAGCAGGGGCAAAAACCUCGUCGCCCAAGGAUCGAGCUUUGAAUCGACACAGAGAACGGUCAAGGGGCGUGUCUGAUGUUCGGGAGUACAUAAGGGUUCAGCUAUCUCCUGCUGGAACUGGAUAUGAGUUUUCGCAUCUUGUGAAUUUUUUAGUUAGUGUACAAAGGCUGUAUACCUUAUCCACAAUAACAGAGAGAUUCACGGCACCUUAUUGCCAGGAUUGA